UUUGCGUAAAUUCAGAGAAACCAAAAUAUGUUGAAGAUAAUGGCGCUCCCACCAUUCCCAGUAUCUACUUUUAAAGUUUGUUGCUCUUCCUCUCAACUUCAACUCAACCAACCCCACUUAAAGCACAUUCAGAAUUCUGGUGUCAUCGCUUGCCUUCGUGCCAACAGUAAAGAUUUGGCAAUUAAAGCAGCUCGCGCUGCAAUCAGUGGUGGCAUUUCAGUUAUGGAGAUUGUGAUGUCUACCCCAGGUGUGUUUGAGGUUUUGCAAUGUCUUGUGCAGGACCAUCCUACAAUGACCUUAGGGGUUGGGACUGUUUUAAAUGUUGAUGAUGCUAAAAUUGCAAUAAAUGCUGGGGCCAAGUUUCUCAUGAGUCCUGCUACAGUUAAGGGGAUUAUUGAUGAUGUCCAAGGUCAUGAAGUUCUGUACAUACCUGGUGUAAUGACCCCAACAGAGCAAAAUUUGCAGAUAUUGUCUGCACAUGAUGCUGGUGCCAAAAUUGUCAAGGUUUAUCCUGUUUCUGCAUUAGGUGGUACCCACUAUAUAUCAGCACUUACGAAGCCUUUUCCUCACAUCCCAAUAGUUGCAUCUCAAGGCAUAACAAUAGAUUCAAUAGGGGACUUCAUUGGUCAGGGAGCAACAGCAGUUGUGUUGUCAGAUGCCAUUUUCAAUAAAGAAGCAAUGGCUCAAAAUAACUUUGAUGUAAUAUAUCAACUUGCCAGCCUUGCAGCUUCGCAGGGUAAAGAAGCUGUACAAUGGAAGAGAAGUUGCAUGCCAGAUUAAUUGCUUUAUGUAUGGCCUGUAUAUUUCGUAUCAUCUCAUCAACUGCUGACUGCUUCAAACGCAUACUGAAUAAUAUACGCACUAAAGGGAAACAUUCCAAUGCAGCAAGAGAAUCAAGUAAAAUGACGAGUUUUCUUGUCUUUCAUAACAAUUCAGUGGCAAAUAUUUCCUUCCCAGCUGUUGGAUUAAUGAUCUUUACAUUUUUAUUGGUUGUGUUCUUAUCAGUUUAUGUUGAUAGAAUGAAUGAGAGCAUGUUGACAGCAUGAAGGGCUGAUUUGUGUUUGGAGGAAGAGACUUGUGAUAUUCCUAAUUUGAUUUAGUUUUUGCAGGUCAAUUUGGAUAACCAUGCUAAUUUUGGUUUUUCUA